UCGCGUACGGCACGCUGACAAAAGUAUCGACAUCUCGCGGCGAGUUUCUUGUUUGAAACCAGGCCUAGCAUACCGAACAGUGCUCUUGCAUUGCUAGGGACGGCUAUAUACGCCUACGGUCGUUACUCCAACAAUACAGCGAGACCCCGCACCAGAUAUCGCGACAACUACAUCGUCUAGCUUAGGCUUCGAACUACAGUCAUGGCGUCUCACGUAGUUGUCAUUUCGACGGAUCUACGCCGAGCAACAAUCAAAGUCACGCCGUCCACAUAUCUUAUCGAUGUGCUCCAGGAAGCAUGCAAGAAGCUAAAUCUUAGCAGCGACAAAUACCUAAUGAAACAUAAGCAAAAGAAUGUCGAGCUAGCUAUUCCUUUUCGGGCGUCUGGUCUCACUGGUGGUGCCAAGCUGGAGCUAGUUGUCAAGUCGAAUACACCCUCUGCGAUCCAGAUUGCGCUGCAGCUGCCACAGCCUGAAGCUAAGGACGUUCCUGGUGGCCGAUUAAUUAAAAAGUUUCCCUCAGACUUGACUAUAUGGAAGAUAUUGCGCCAGUUUGAGAGCGGAGAUGCCAGUGCAGGUCGAAACAUCAACAUCACUGCCCGAGGUGUCGCACAAACCGCAGGAGCCGAAGAAACUGGCGCUGGUCAACUGUACUACGAGACACCAGUAUUGAAUAUCAUGGGCCGAGACUUUUCAACUUUUGCCGACUUUCAAAAGACAAUGUCUCAGCUUGGCCACAACUCUGGUAAUGUUUUGAUCCGUCUAACAUUCAAGACUACGCGCCAGACUCUAUUUGAAGCCAUGAAUGAGAUUGGGGAAUACUUCAAAGAUUCUGAUAUCCCCGAACCUUCACCGUCUUCGGCUGAUGCUGGUGUAAAGGCUCCAGUGAAGGAGACAUCCCAACCAAGCACGGACGUACCAAUGGCAGACGCACCAGCUGUCGAUGACCAAGCACCUACUGAAUCGAUACAAGCAGAACCGCCAAAAUCUGCUAAGACCCCAGCUCAAGAAGCGCCUCAAAAUCCAUAUGAUCCCAUCAACGUGUUCCUUGCACCAAACAAUACAGUUCCGGCGGCCGCCAAUCUACCAUUAGAUGAUACAGACUUUACUCCGACUGUAGCGCACGCACAGCUACAUCAGGCUCGCCUUCAGGAAAGCUCUCGCAAUAGAAGACUUCCUUCGGACCAGGAGCUGGAGGAAAAGGCUGCAGCAGAAGCAGCAAAGGUAGCAGCCAUCAAGUCAGUCCUGGUGCGCGUUCGAUUCCCCGAUAACACUAGCAGCGAUUGGCAAAUCGAGCCCUCUUCGACAGGCGCUUUCCUGUACGAGGCUGUCCGCCAUGUCAUGGCUGCCAAAGAUGAACCGUUUCACUUGGUAUUGUCUGGUGGUACUACUGUUAUCAAGGAUGACAGUAGCGAAAAGCAUAAUCUCAUUAGAUCUUAUAAGCUCUCUGGGAGGGUUCUUGUUAAUCUUAUUUGGAAUGACAAGGUAUCCAAGGAGAUUCGCAAGCAGCCGUUCUUGCUCUCGAAUAUUGCCAAACAAGGUCAAGAGAUUACAAUGCCGGCUCUGCCAGAACCAAUUCCUGAGUCAGAGAACGAAGUUGUAGCGCGAGUUGACAAGAAGGAACGCAAAGCAACAGAUAGCGAUGGAAAGAAGAAGAUACCAAAGUGGUUGAAGUUGGGCAAGAAAUAGCAUAUUCAGUGUAGUAGAGAUGACAUACAUAGCAUGGUUCGGCGUUUUAUAAAUCAAUAAUUACAAAGACAAGGUCCCUUCAACAGAGUAAACAGUGAUGUAUGUAAAGGUGCAGUAAACCAGUUGUCGAAGCAUAUUGAAUCACAUCAUAAUCCACACAGGACAGAAGCUUUUUUAAUUUUUAUCUUAUUUUUUGAUUGUAUAACUUUGCGAGCUCUCUCCUCCAGCAACCCCCUAAAUAUAGGAAACAUGCGAGGACCAGUGAUCGGAAAUGUGAAUCGCGGGUCUGCUGGAAGAGAAAAGCGUCAUGAGGGGUUGAUCACUGUCCUCUAUAAACUUUUUCGUGACUCGGGACGGGAAAGAAAAGAGAAACGCCUGGGGGAGUUGCCAAUUUAGUGACCGGCACGGCGAGACUCAACGACGACGCGCUGCAUCUCCUCAACCUUUCUCUUGGCACGGCCGAAGGUACCGAGUCUCUUCUUGGCGAGCUUACGGGCACGCUUGUCCAUGGAGUUACGGAGCAACUCAAUAACACGGCGCUCGUAGGGGGCAAGGCUAUAAUAGUAAUCGUGGUUAGCUAGGAUGUCCUGUGCGUUGUCGUGUGUUCAGCAGUCGUUUUCGGUUCGCAAUCAUCUCAUCAAAACGUAUACGCGGUCCGGGACGUUGUCCACGCCAGAAUCUUCUUCGUCCAAUUCCGUCGUAGUUUCGUUCUCGUUUCCGCGCAACGUUUGCAUGAUAAUGAUGGUCGUUGAUUCGAAUCCGAACUGCUUGGGGGGUGAAAUAUCUUACCCAGCGACCUCACGGACAACCUCGCGGACGAAAGCAGUGCGCUUGGAGAGGUGGCCCUUGGUGCGGGAAACACGGGGCUUGGUAACACGGGCGGUGGUCUUCUAUAAACGGGGGAAAAUCCAAUAGUCAGCGUCCAUCGUCUGCAAGAAUGAAGUGCUUAGCGGGCAUUGGCAACAUGAGCGACGACAGAAGGUUGGCCCUUCAAUAUUCGUCCCUCAUGUGCAACAGCCGCAUCGCGGGAGCAGAGAUCCUCCACGAGGUGAGACUUUGACACGUACGUGGCCCUUG